CGUUUGAGAGUAAAGCGAUCAUGGGCUCUUCUUCUAGAAAUCUUUAUGCAAGAAUUGGAGAAGGUCAAUCAACUUCUAGGCCACCACUCUUUGAUGGCACCAACUACUCCUAUUGAAAGGAAGGGAUGAGAAUCUAUAUCCAUUCCACCAACUUCCAAUUGUGGUUGGUGAUCAAGAACGGCGAAGAAAUCCCUAUGAAGAAAGUGGGAGAAACCACGGUCCCAAAGACCGAGGACGAAUUUGAUGCCGAGGAUAUCAAGAAGAUUGAGAAUUAUGCAAAGGCCAUCAAUAUGCUAUAUUGUGCAGUCAACCCCAAUGACUACCGGAAGAUCUCCUGUUGCACAACCGCCAAGGAGAUGUGGGACAAGCUUGAAGUAACGUACGAAGGUACCGAUCAAGUGCGUGAAGCCAAGAUCGAUUUUCUCACCCAAGAGUAUGAAAUGUUUCGAAUGAAGGAAGGUGAGAAAAUUGACAACAUGUUUGAUCGUUUCACAAAAAUUAUAAACAAUCUUCAUGCUCUUAAGAAGACGUAUACCAACAAGGAUCUUGUAAGGAAAAUCCUGCGAAGUCUCACCCCCGAAUGGAGGUCAAAAGCCGAUGCAAUCUAUGAAUCCAUUGGAGUCUCCAAUGUCACCAUCGAUGGACUAAGAGGUAAUCUUAAAACCUAUGGAUCUACUAUUCUAACCCCGUCUUUGGAUGAACAAAAGAAAAAGGGGAUAGCUCUCAAAGCCACCAAGGAACCGGUGGAAGAGGUUUCAAGCGAUGACGACAACGAGUUUGGACUCGUCAUCAAGAAGUUCCACAAGUUCAUGAAAAAGGAAUUUGAGCGGAAGGGAAGGAAGCACGACGGUCCUCCCAAGUGCUACGGCUGUAGCGAGAUUGGCCACAUCAAGCCAAGGUGUCCAAAAGCCAAACACGGCAAAGACAAGCCCGGCUUCAAGAAGCAAAGGGCUUACAUCUCUUGGGGUGGCGAUUCCGGCGAAGAAUCAACCGACCAAGAGGAGGACGAAGCUGCAAAUCUUUGUCUCAUGGCACACGAAGAUCAAAACGACGACGUCCAAGAGAAUCACGUACUAAAACUUAUAGUAGUAAGAAAUUUGUACCUUUCUCCGUAAGCGGUAAAAACGAAGAAGUCGUAGGAAGAGCGUUGAAAGUGCAAACGUAACCGUUCAAGCGUCCGGUCUCCAACUUUGACACACGAACAACGCCGGAGUCUACAAAAGCGGGUGAACCGCGCUCACCCCAGACAGUUCUAGAAAAAAUACUACGGCAGUAAAUAUUUUCUAAAACUCAUAAAAUUAAAUUAGAUGUCCAAAU